AUGGGGAUCCCUGGACUCAUCAAUGCAAUUGGCCCGGGAGAGCGCAUUUCUCUUUCCAAGUUGGCAAUAACCCAUCUGGAACAGAAUGCAAGGCCCAUCCGAAUUGCGGUCGACAUCUCCAUAUGGCUAUUCCAGGUGCAGUCUGGUCGCGGAGGCAAGAACCCCGAAUUGCGAACCUUGUUCUAUAGGCUGCUCAAGGUUCUUUCCUUGCCAAUCCACCCGCUUUUUGUGUAUGAUGGACCUCACAAGCCGCCAUUUAAGAGAGGCAAGGCUGUGAGUGGUUCGGGAACUGCGCCCAUCAUCACACUCUCCAAGAGAUUGGUUGAUCUGUUCAAGUUUCCCCGGCACGAUGCACCAGGGGAGGCAGAAGCUGAAUGCGCAAGGCUGCAGAGAGCAGGCGUCGUCGAUGCGGUUAUGAGCAAUGAUGUCGACGCCUUAAUGUUCGGAUCUUCCUGGACCGUUAUGAAUUUUUCAAAGGAGGGCGGUAGUGGCACGGGUGCAGCGACUCACGUUACCUGCUACCGGAUGAGCAAUUCUCAGGACCAAGAACAUCCUCCUAACGUCAUACUUGACCGUUCCGGGAUGAUCUUGUUCGCAAUGCUUAGCGGAGGAGAUUACCUGCCUUCUGGUGUUACAAAAUGUGGUAGCAAACUUGCGGCAGAGAUCGCAAAGGCAGGGUUUGGCAAAGACUUAAUUGAUAUAAUUGAUUCGGAUGAACCUGACUUGAGCUCUAAAUUGAGUGAGUGGCGGGAAAGGCUCCAAGAUGAGCUCGAUGAAAAUAUCAGCGGUUACUUUCAAACAAAACACAAGGCGGUUAAAAUACCAGAAACAUUCCCGGAUCCGAGGAUUUUGGAAUUUUACGCGCGUCCCGUGGUAUCAAACGAUGAAGAAGUGGAAUUUCUGAAGCGUAAACUGGAAAACGCUUGGGAUGAAGAGGUUGACGCCAUGGAAAUCCGGAAGUUUGCUGCCGACGCUUUUGAAUGGAAUUAUCGUUCUGGGGCUAGGAAAGUUGUCAGGCUACUUGCAGAACCUCUUAUUUCACACAGACUUCGCCUUCAGCGGCCAGUAAUGGCGUGUCAUCAGAACCCUUCCUUCGAGUCGUAUACUGGAUUCCCGAUGAUGCAGAGCAUUUACAAGAGUCGGACAAGCUUUAGCACGGACGGUCUACUCGAGUACCAGGUGGAUAUGGUUCCCAUCGAUGUUGUCGGGCUAGAUUUGGAAGCCGAGGAACCCAACCCUCCUCUUCCUUUACCGGAAUCUGUGACGUCGGAAGACGAAGAAGAAGGCCAAGGCCAGGAUAGUCAGGAAGUGGUGGUGCAAGCGGUGGCUCAAUCACGCAAGAGAAUCCGGGUAGCAAAGCCCUACAAUCCUUAUGCCCCUGAGAAAGUAUGGGUAUUUGAGACUCUGGCGGUUAUCGGCAUCCCGGAAGUUGUAAAAAACUGGAAACGGGAGCAGGCUGAGUAUUUAUCUAUGUCAAAGAAAUCGACGAGUCGAAGGGCAACCGGCACGAAGAAGAAAGGACCUUUGGAUCCAGCAAUGAAAAGCGGGAGCAUUUUGAAAUACGGCACUCUGAAAAAGCCAAAGCCUGAGAUGGAUUCAUUCCAAAAGGCUCCCCUUCUUGGAGUGGCAGCUCCUACGACAUCGUCAAAUUGA